AUGCCGUUUGCGACUGAACUUACCCGCCGCCUGGGCAUCAGAGUGCCUGUCGUCCAGGGCGGCAUGAUGCACGUAGGCACGGCAGACCUGGCCUCUGCUGUGUCCAACGCCGGCGGCCUGGGCAUCAUCACGGCCCUCAUCUUUCCCACACCAGCCGCCCUCCGCGACGAGAUCCGUCGCUGCCGCACCCUCACCGGCAAGCCCUUUGGCGUCAACAUCACACUCCUGCCCGCCAUGGUUCCCCCUGACUAUGGCGCCUACGCCCAGGCCAUCAUCGACGAGGGCGUCAACAUUGUCGAGACGGCAGGCAACUCUCCCGGACCCGUCAUCUCGCAGCUCAAGAAGGCCGGCGUCACCGUGCUGCACAAGUGCACCACCAUCCGCCACGCCCAGAGCGCCGUCAAGCUCGGCGUCGACUUUUUGAGCAUUGACGGUUUCGAGUGCGCCGGCCACGUCGGCGAGAGCGACAUUACAAACUUUAUCCUCCUGAGCAAGGCGCGUCAGACCCUCAAGGUGCCCUUCAUCGCCAGCGGCGGCUUCGCGGACGGCCAAGGUCUCGCCGCCGCGCUCGUCCUCGGCGCGAGCGGCGUCAACAUGGGCACGCGCUUCAUGUGUACCCAGGAAGCGCCUAUUCACAUUAAGGUCAAGGAGGAGAUUGUGCGUGCGCAAGAGACUGACACGACUCUGUUGCUGCGACGGUGGAAGAAUACGAGCCGUCUGUACAAGAACAAGGUCGCUGAGGAUGCGCUCAAGAUUGAGCGGGAGAGCACUACGGGAGAGUUUUCAGAGAUUGCGCCGUAUGUGAGCGGCAAGAGAGGCAAGGAGGUGUUUAUCAACGGAGACACGGAGCACGGAGUUUGGACCACAGGACAGGUCAUCGGUUUGAUCCAUGACAUCCCUACCUGCGAUGAGCUCGUCGGCAGGAUCGAGAAGGAGGCAGAGACUACACUGAAAGAGAGACUCUCGCUGAUUGUGCCAGAGUCGAAGCUAUAG